AUGACAACGUUUUGCCAAAACAGUAUGAAAAAAUUUUGCUUCGCUGCUGUUUCGUUGCGCUCCUCGAGUAAUUCGGACGGUCUAGACGGUUACAUGCUGGGACCUGUGGAUAUCAGAAUUAUUGCUGCAUACAUUCACCAUAACAACACGUAUCACGGAGGAUUCACGUAUGAACAGAUUGGCCAUUUUGUCCGCAUUAUGAAAAACCGAGAAAAAACUCACGACGUUCCGAACAAUUGGCGAAAUGUUUGCACUGCUAUUGAGACAAUUAUGGAUGAGUAUCAACUUAUGGAGAGAAAGAAAAAGGUCCAAAUGCAACAACAUUCCACACACAAUCGUCAAUCAUCAGAUAUAUGCUUCAAAGUCCCAAAUCAGAUUCGUGUGAAGGCUCAAACGAAGUGCUCUGAUCUGGCAAGUGAAAUGAAACGCAGAGAGGCUGCAAUUCAAGAAUUCGAAAACUUCUUUUCUAGCUUGGAAAACGACUAUCCAAAUCCAUAA